AUGUCGGGUUUGUCAAAAAUACGUGACGUUGAGAGAGAAUCAGAGUAUGGCUACGUCUACGCCGUCUCUGGUCCUGUCGUCACGGCAGAGAAAAUGUCCGGUGCCGCCAUGUACGAGUUGGUUCGCGUCGGCCACGAAGAACUGGUCGGUGAGAUCAUUCGUCUGGAGGGAGACAUGGCCACCAUUCAGGUCUACGAGGAAACAUCCGGUGUCACCGUGGGCGACCCUGUCUUGCGAACGGGCAAGCCCCUCUCCGUUGAACUGGGCCCCGGCAUCAUGGGCAGCAUUUUCGACGGCAUCCAGCGACCACUGCAGGACAUCCACACCAUGACGCAGAGUAUUUACAUUCCCAAGGGCAUCAACACGAAUGCCCUCAACCGAGCGCUCAAGUGGGACUUUGUGCCGCAGAACGUCCGUGUGGGCAGCAACAUCACCGGCGGCGACAUUUUCGGCUUUGUCCACGAGAACACCCUCAUCAAGCACAAGAUCCUUCUACCGCCGAAGGCUCGCGGCACAGUGCGGUACAUUGCCGAGGCGGGCAGCUAUGACCUGGCCGACACCAUUCUGGAGACGGACUUUGACGGCGAGGUGACCAAGUACACGAUGUUGCAGGUGUGGCCCGUCCGACAGAUGCGACCGACGGCGGAGAAGCUAGCGGCGAACCACCCACUGUUGACCGGUCAGCGAGUGCUCGACUCGCUGUUUCCCUGUGUGCAGGGCGGCACGACGGCCAUUCCCGGCGCCUUUGGCUGCGGCAAGACGGUCAUCUCGCAGGCGCUCUCCAAGUACUCCAACAGUGACGUCAUCGUCUACGUCGGCUGCGGCGAGCGCGGCAAUGAGAUGGCGGAGGUGCUGCGCGACUUUCCCGAGCUCACCGUGGAGGUGGACGGCAAGACGGAGUCGAUCAUGAAGCGCACCACCCUGGUGGCCAACACCUCCAACAUGCCGGUGGCCGCUCGAGAGGCCUCCAUCUACACGGGCAUCACACUGGCGGAGUACUUCCGCGACAUGGGCUACAACGUCUCCAUGAUGGCCGACUCCACCUCCCGAUGGGCAGAGGCGCUCAGAGAAAUCUCCGGCCGACUGGCGGAGAUGCCCGCCGACUCGGGCUACCCGGCCUACCUCAGCGCCCGACUCGCCUCCUUCUACGAGCGAGCCGGUCGAGUGAAGUGCAUCGGCAACCCUGGCCGCGAGGGCUCCGUCUCCAUUGUGGGCGCCGUGUCGCCGCCCGGUGGUGACUUCUCCGACCCCGUCACCUCCGCCACCCUGGGCAUCGUCCAGGUCUUCUGGGGCUUGGACAAGAAGCUCGCCCAGCGAAAGCACUUUCCCUCCGUCAACUGGCUCAUCUCCUACUCGAAGUACAUGCGCGCACUCGAUGACUUUUAUGAACGCCACUACCCCGAUUUUGUUCCCCUGCGAACCAAAUGCCAAAGAAUCUUGCAAGAGGAGGAGGAUCUCUCGGAAAUUGUCCAGCUUGUCGGAAAGGCAUCGCUUGCAGAGACGGAUAAAAUUACUCUCGAAGUUGCCAAGCUGAUUAAGGAAGAUUUCCUCCAGCAGAACAGCUACACGCCGUACGACAGAUUUUGCCCGUUCUACAAAUCAUGCGGCAUGCUUAAGAAUAUGAUCGGCUUUUAUGAUUUGGCCAAGACGGCUGUUGACUCAGCCAAGGGCGAUAAUCGCAUUACCUAUGCGAUGAUCAAGGAGGCCAUGGGCGACAUUAUGUACCAGCUUAGCAGCAUGAAAUUCAAGGAUCCGGUUAAGGAAGGCGAGGUAAAGAUUCGCAAGGAUUACGAUGAAUUAUAUGAAAACAUGCAACAAGCAUUUAGAAAUUUGGAAGACUAG